GGGAAAGCGCACUGAUGAAGGUGCACGCGUGUCGCUCGUUUCCACCACGAGGUCGAACGCGCACUCGCGAGUGACAAAUAUUAACGAUUUCGAUUUGUAGAUAGAGUGUUGUGAAAAUGAGGUGUUUAGUGGUGGUUGUGUUGUUCGUGGCAGGAAGCUGGGCAGCCACCGGUGCCUCCACCUCCUGCGCGCUUUCCGAACAAUUCUUCGCCAGACACAACGCAUCAGCUGAUGAUAGCCAGGAACCAGGUUCAAUCUGCGGCGGCAACUGCUGCGGACGAGGGCGUGAGUUGCGCUUGCGCAGUUCUUUGCGACGCUCGGCAGAAGCACGGGUCUUCGCCGACAUUAGGCCACUGGCUGAGCUUCUGCUCUCCACUCGAAGGACUCAGCAACAGCACCUCAUGGCGCUGUCCCACCAGUCGCAGAACAAAACUUCGGUGCUAUUCGCGCAAGUGUACCGGGGACACGCGUCAGAAGCGCACGGGCCUCUAAGUGCACUUUACGAUGAUAUCCGAGCGUUGUUGAAUUCCCCGGAUUACGACUCAACUGGGGAAGCCCUGAGUUCUCCCCCGCCGAGAAACCUUGUAGACAGCGCGAAAAGAUUUUUCCGAGACAUCUUUCCUGUGGCAUACCACAAAGUACUGGCGCUAGAAGGAAAACAGUUUACCAGAGAUUACGAAGGCUGUCUCAAAGUUGCUUACGAAUCUGUACAACCUUUCGGAGAUGUACCACAAAAGCUGGGAGACUCGUUGUCAAAAUCGCUGGAGGUGGCGCGAGCAUUGCUGCAAGUACUGGCGGUGGGGGCUGGCGCAUUGGCAGCCAGUGAGCGCGUGCUGGCCAGCGCCGGGGAGGAGUGUUCGGCCAAGUUACUCCGUGUAGCCGGGUGCCUGCACUGUCGCGGUUAUGCAGUACGACCUUGUAGAAAUUACUGCCUCAACGUUGCUAGAGGAUGCAUAGGAUCACUAGUGGCAGAGUUGGACGCUCCGUGGGCAGGCUACGUGGAAGGCGUGGAACGGUUGGCGAGGCCUGACGCGGAUAAUGCGCUUCGGGAGCUUGAAGCCAAGGUCUCCGAAGCCAUCUUGCACGCCCUCGAAAACCAAGUUAUUUUGGAAAACAAGGUCCGUCAGGAAUGUGGUCCUCCUACGACAAUAGAUGUUCCGGAAUUGAACGUCCCGCGGCCCACGCCAGGAGCAAUGCGACGUGAUCCCCUUCGCACCCCGCCUUCUGACGCCGAACUGUUGCUAUUCGCAGCCAAUCUAGCUGAAAAGAAAAAGUUGUUCGCUUCAUUAGCAGACAAAGUGUGCGAUGAAACUGACUUCGCACAUGAUGGCAAUGAAGUCUGUUGGAAUGGAGACUCUAUUGGAGAGUACACGAAACCUCUAGUAGCAUCAGCUUCAUUAAGUGAUCAGAAGUAUAAUCCGGAAGUAACCGGAGGUAAGCCGGAUAUACGAGUGGCCGCUCUAGGAGACAAACUGCGACAAGUAAGACAGUUGCUGGUGUCGCACGCAUGGGGCGGCAACGUGCCAAUGGCGGAGGCAUUCAUGCAAGGCGAUGAGGCUGGCGACGAGGGUUCCGGUUCUGGAGGACGAAGCUACCCCGACGACGAUGCUGGUUAUGACUCUGAAGGAUCGGGAGAUGAGGGAUCUGGUAUUCCAGAUAUUAAAAGCGCAAAGACGUAUCCUGGCGUGGAUGACAAGACUUACCAUGGCGGGCUCCCACCAAAGACAGACUCCGCUGCUACAGCACAGCCGUUGUUCUCCGUAAUGUUGAUGAUGCUACUAUACAGCGUUGGUAGCUGUCUUACUUAAGCAGCCGAAUCUCGCAGCUGAGAUACAGCACUAACAUCGCAGCCCUAUAAGCGCGACCAUCUCCAUAUCAAAGUGUGAAGUGACGUGCGAAUGCAACAGUUACGUGUGAGUGAGAGACUGCUAAAUGCAUUAGUAGUUAAGUAGUCUGACUUUAUAAAAGACACGUCAUUUUGUUGCAGUCCCUAGCUCGAUACAGCAGGCGAGCACUGGAUUUUAGAGUGUUAAAAUAUAUUAAGGUAUGCAGCUUACAGUAGCUAGUCCCAAACUAGAUUCCGACGCCAUCUGUCCACUUUUACAAAGAUUCAUUGUAAGUUUUUAUAAUGAAAUCUCAGUUUAGUGGAGCAAACUGACUUGGAGCAUUUAAAUUUAUCUACGUAUUGAAUCCGCAGAUGUACAGAGCAUAUCAUUGUGUAUUCAUUUUGUAAAUAUUUUACGGAAUUUUGUAGAUUAGGUGGAUAUUAUAAUGAAUAUUAUGUAAUGGAAGCUUUACAAAUACUUCUGCAUUUAAACACUUUGAAGUGGAUAGUGAAAUUGUCAUAAUAAUGAAAUUAAAUAUUAUUUAAAAAUGUUUAAAACUUGUUAUGUGUACUAGCUGAUCGGCAAUAAUUUUAUUAAGAAAAAAGUAUAACGAUUAGAGGAGAGUUGUAACAAUACUUU